GUAGAGCCGCUCCACUCCCUGCUCGCGCUCAGAUGCUCGCAUUCUUAACUCACAUGAGAACACACACUGGCACGAGAGGGAGACGACCGUCGUUUCAUCAUUUAUAUAUACAUUUGUUUUGGUUGUAUUUUCUCACGCUGUGAUGUCAGUUCCUCGAGCCGUGCUGGUGUUGCUCUGCGUGGUGCUGACUGUGGCACGUGCCCGCAGGAGUUCUCCGGAGCCGGAUGAUGUUCAGGAGAAAGUCAACAGGGCCAGAUGUACGUCCAGGUGUCUGAGUCUGCACAUGACGCAGCUAACGGCAGCCUUCAGACAUAUUCAGAAUAUCCAAGUUCUGGAUUGGUGUGAAAACCACAGACGCUGCGCUCAGUGCCUUCAGCCAUGCAAAGAAUUAUGGGAAUCCAGGAAGGUGACCUCUCCAAAGUCAUGUGAGAAACAGACGGAGUGUGUGACAAGCAGAGAGUUUCUGGCAUCUUUGAGGUCGUCCCGGCAGGGAGACUGCCCCCCGCCUCAGCGAGCCACAGGAUUCGCUGCAGCUUGUGUCGAGAGCUGCUCAUUAGACCACGACUGUCCGUCCUCCAGAAAGUGCUGCUUUAAUGGCUGCGGACACACUUGUCAAGCUCCAGCCAAUUUAUACAAAGGUGUUCCCUUGAAACCUCGCAGGGAGAUGAGCUUUGUGGAAGAUCCGGAGGGUCAUGUGAAGGUGACGUGGGUCUCAAAGUUCAAUGUGAGCAUGGAGCCUGUUAUUUACAUGCUUCAGUCCCGCUGGAACAUCGGCAUUCACCCCAGUGAGGACCACGCCUCUCCAUGGGCGACUGUAGUCAUGACCCUGUCUGAGGAUGUAAUUUUAUCCGAUCUGAGGCCUCAGCGUUGGUAUCAGUUCAGGGUUGCAGCCAUCAACAGCCACGGCAGCAGAGGCUUCACCACACCCAGCAAGCACUACAUCUCCAGUAAAGACCCAUCCCCUCCUGAGCCUCCAACAAACAUCAGAGUUAGCAAUCAGACUCUAGAGUGGGCAGAUUCACAGCCAACACCUGAGUUCACAGAAAGGUUAACAGGAAGUAGGCCCUCAGUGGCGGUGCUAUUACGCUGGGAGCCCCCCAGAGAGGGAGACCUGCCUGUUCACAACUACAGAAUUACCUGGAUGUCCCGACACGCAGGCGCAGCUCAUAAACACACAGUACAAGCACAACCGCACCCAGAGCACAUCAGCAAGCACAUGCAAUCGAUGCACUUACAAGAACAGAGUAAAAAGGAGAGCAGCAGCACCCUGACCCGUGGGGCGCAAACCGAGCUGUGGCUGCAGGGACUACUGCCUGCCUCUCCCUAUGUCCUGUCUGUCCAGACGGUGGCCUACUGGGGACAAAAGAGGCUGAAGAGUCACAGAGCUCAGCUUUUUUUCACAACUAUCAUUCAUGAAGGUGAAGAUUUCUCCAACGAGCUCCCCUUGUCCUCGUCAUCCUUGUCCCUGCCCUCCUCUCCCUCUCAAGCAUCCUCCUCACCUUCCUCUCAUAAACCUCCUGAGUCUUCCCGUCUGGCUCACGUGGAUAUGCUUCCAAACCCCUCUGAAAAUUUGCGACUGGAGGUCGCUGCCCCUCAUUUUCACCACAGUCAGCUGCAGGUGAAGGUGUUCUGGAAGUGGUCUCAUCAUGCAAGGCAGAGACACAGAGGUCCUUACAUUCUCAGGUGGCAUCCACAUACCUGCACUACAAAUGUCACAAGCCCAGACAGAACAACAACAGUGGAGGGUACUCAUCACACUAUCAAAGGUCUGCAAUUUUCAUGCAAGUACAGGCUCUCAGUGGCAAUGGUGGCAGAUCCAGGAGCAGAGGCUGUUGCUUGGGUUACAACCCCAACUUGCCCAUCCGUUAGGGUCAGAGGAGACAAAGCCUUGCCUUGCAACAAACAGGAGCGCCCUCUGGCAGGGAGAAAGGUGGUACUGCGUCCAGAACGGCUGACUGCAGACUUUCAACAAGUUAAUGGCAGCUUGCUCACAACGUUUCAGUGGAGGAUGUCACAUCAUGCAAUGGACUCAGCAGCUGUUGAGGGCUUCCAGUUUACAUGGAGUCUACAAUCUGAGCUCAGUCCCACAACAGGAAGGCAUGAAGAUGCUCCUAUCUCCCAGACACAAACAAUUGCAUCGUCUGAACGUUUCAUCACCAUUGAUAGACUCCAGGCUGACAGCAUGUACCGGGUGCAGCUCCAGGUGCUAACUGCAGGUGGCAGGACUGGAGCUGCUGUCUCAAAGACUAUACACACUCCAACAAUUAACGCCACACUUUGAUAGGUGACAACCACAAAUCGGCUACUGUCUGCUACACCAUAGUCAUCUUUUCCAACAUCCACUUUUCUACUUUCUUACUCAUACCACGGGAUCUUGAUUGCAGAAAGCAUGUCCAAAACAUGUUUCAUUAGUAAAAUAAAUAAUUCACAUAAAACGUACUUCCUGCUUUCAACUGCCUUUCACUAUAAACUAAUGCCAAACAUAAUAAAGAUUAAGAGUUUGAACUAAAUUGAAACACGGAAAUUACCUUAAUCUUUUGGUGGGUUUUUCAGUUUUUGGGAAGAAAAAUAAACUCACUGUACCUGUAUGUGGAGCCAAUUUUUACAGUACGGGUUCUCUUUUCCAGCUUAAAAUGUUUUUUGUGUGUGUUUUUUUUAAUUGAUACAGCUUUUUAAAAUGCUUCCUCGCAAUGUAACAAAUAUCUGCUUUUGUCUGGUGUUUAUAUUAGACUGAUAACUAUGACAACCUUACAUCAUUCAAGCCACAAGAACUUGUAAAUAAACUUUGUUUCCUGAUAGUUUUUUUUAUCCUGUUAGUAGAGAAAAAUAUAGCACUGACUUUAUGUAAAAAUAGCAAUGUAUAGCAACAGCAUCAUCUUUUUUUUGGAAAUAUCUCAAUGCAAGCUCAAAUAUAUUAUUUUAUUUUUUACUUUAUUACUUUUAUACAUUUUGCCGCAAAAGUUAUAUUUUUUGAAAAGGCAGGGAACAGCCAGCGUCAUUCAACCUGUAAUUACCAUGUCAAUAUUUUUCCCUUGUUAACGUUCAAAUAUUCAGAAUUUGCUUGUUAUUCCUUUACUUUUUGACUGAGUCUUAUUUAUUGUUUUCUUGUCCAGUUUGUUUUGUAAUUAAAAUUUAUCAACACUCAA